AUGUCCAUGCCCGCUGCUGAAAUAGCUCAUGAGCAGGCGUCUGCCCCCGGCCCCUCUCGGGGCAGGCGAAUCACACGGAAAGCCCUCUCAUGGCUCCAAAUCGCCUUCGGGAUAUAUGAUAUCCUCUUGGGUGUGUUGAAGUAUGCUUUCGCGACCUUGGUGGCCAUUCCCCUUUGGACGCUUGUCUUCAUCGCAGAGUCUCGGCGCCUUCGCCGGAAACCAGAUGAGUAUACUCUUAUCGACGAACGCCUGCGUCUAUUCAACUUGCUCAUUGUACGCGCCUACCUUUACAUGAUGAUUUCUCGCGCUGGCCCCCAGGUAGGGAUGGCACUCUUCGUCAUUUGGGCCAUUGCAAAGCUGUUUGGAUUCCUCAGCUGGUUCGACGAUGACGAAGAUCUGGAGAAGCUCCGCUUGGGCGCAGAGAGCACCGGAGUUCCAUUGCCGACCAGUAUCCCUAGUGACGAGGCGCUAAUUCGUACAAAUCCAAGCGACGGAUGGAAGGUGGUCCGAGUCAUACUCAGCAUGAUUCACUUCCUCACCGCGAUCAACAUUCUCGUUUUUUCGGUAUUCACACUUUUCGACAGCUCGCGAUUCUACCUCGGAACUAUCUAUGCGCAGCUCUUCUCUAUUCUCGUCAUUAUUGCCGAGACACGUCGUUUCCGUCGGCCCGAAGCAGACGGUCCCAGGCACCCUCGCGCGGUUGCCUUUGACGAUCUUGUCGUGCGAGGCGUCCUUUAUCAGUUAGCCGCGGUCAUUCUAUUAACUGCUGAGAAAAGGAUGAGCCACUAUAACCAGACCGUACUUAUCGCUGGCUAUGUUACUUGGGGGAUUGGUAUGUUCUUUUGCGUACUUUGCGUAGUCGCAAAGCUCGCUGGUUUCCUACCCCGACUCAAAGAAGAAGAGGCAGAAGGAACUAUUCGUUUGGAGGAAUCGGACGAACCAGUCACGGCGUGA